AUGGGCGGCGAGACCAACCGCAUCGUGCCCGUGUCUGCGGCGUACCCGCAGCUGGCGACGGGGCCUGUCGGCAAGCAGAUCCACGACAUCUACCAGAGCCGGCUGAGGCAGUUCCUCGACGGCGGCCAGUACAAGGAGCAGGGCCUGCUGGGCAAACUCGACGAGGCCCGCGCAUCGGGCGCCGACCACGUCCAGCUCGCCGUCUACUCGCCGCCCGGCCUCGAGCGCCCGCUGUUCAAGGACGCGACCUCGCACGGCUUCCUGCCCGUCCUCGUCGGCGCGUCGUUCGGCCCGAGCUGGUCGACGCACUGGUUCCGCGUCCGGCUCACCGUGCCCAAGCACCUGCGCGACAAGGAGCACCUCGAGUUCGUGUGGGACGCCGACAACGAGGGCGCCAUCUACACCGAGGACGGAGACACGGUCCACGGCCUGACGGGCGGCGGCGAGCGCACCCAGUGGAUCCUGCCCGCUGCCUUCCGCGAUGGCAAGCAGCACACCUUCUACAUCGAGAUGGCCUGCAACGGCAUGUUCGGCAACGCGCCCGGCGACGACUCGAUUCAGCCGCCCAACCCGGACCGCUACUUCCGCCUGCACACGGCCGACAUCGUCGCCGUCAACCUGCCCGCGCGCGCCCUGUACUUUGACUUUCUCGAGCUGGGCGACGCCGCCCGCGAGUUCCCCCAGGAGUCGUGGGAGGCCCACCAGGCCCAGCAGCUCGCCAACCGCAUCAUCGACGUCUUCGUGGCCGGCGGCGGCAGCAACGAGAGCAUCGCCCAAGGCCGCGCCAUUGCCCGCGAGUUCGUCGGCGACGUCGACUCCCACAAGGUGUACGCGGGCGACCAAGACGCCCUUGUGACGGGCAUCGGCUACUGCCACAUCGACACGUGCUGGCUGUGGCCCUUUGCAGAGACCAAGCGCAAGGUCAACCGCUCCUGGUCGAGCCAGUGCGACCUCAUCGACCGCUACCCCGAGCUGCGCUUCUGCUGCUCCCAGGCCCAGCAGUACAAGUGGCUGGAGCAGGACUACCCCUCCACCUUUGACCGCGUCAAGAAGAAGGUCAAGGAGGGCUCCUUCCAGCCCAUUGGCGGCAGCUGGGUCGAGCACGACACCAACCUCCCCGGCGGCGAGUCUCUCAUCAGGCAGUUCCUGUACGGCCAGCGCUACUUCGAGAGCAAGUUUGGCCAGCGAUGCCGCACCUUCUGGCUGCCAGACACCUUCGGGUACUCGACCCAGCUGCCACAGAUCUGCCGCCUGGCGGGCAUGACGAGGUUCCUAACCCAGAAGCUGAGCUGGAACAACAUCAACAACUUCCCUCACACUACCUUCAACUGGGUCGCCCUCGACAACAGCCAGGUCAUCUGCCACAUGCCACCUUCAGAGACGUACACUGCCGAAGCAAACUUUGGAGACGUGAAGAGGAGUAUCUCUCAGCACAAGUCGCUUGAUCAGGAUCGAACGUCGCUGUUAGUCUUUGGCAAAGGCGACGGUGGAGGUGGUCCCACCUGGCAGCAUCUGGAGAAACUUAGACGCUGCCGCGGUAUCAGCGACAAGACCGGACUGCUGCCCCGUAUCAAGCUCGGUGACUCGGCCGAUGACUUCUUCGACAAACUGGAAAAGAGGGUGGAGAAUGGCACGGAGCUUGUCACCUGGUACGGCGAGCUCUACUUUGAGCUUCAUCGCGGAACAUACACCACGCAGGCAAACAACAAGCGCAACAACAGAAAGUCGGAGAUUAUGCUCAGAGACAUUGAAUACCUGGCAACCUUGGCCACAAUCAAAAACGGUUUUGGUAAAAGCACCUCGUACAAGUACCCCAAGAAGGACAUUGACAAUAUGUGGGAAAACGUCCUGUUGUGUCAGUUCCAUGAUUGCUUGCCGGGAAGCUCUAUCGAGAUGUGCUAUGACGAUUCUGACAAGAUAUAUACCGACGUCUUCGUUACUGGCGAGAGGCUGCUUGCAGAUGCCUUGUCCGAGCUUGGAUUCGACGACGAAUCAGUCCUGGGACCAGAUAGCAAGCUCGUUGCAUUGAACACGUUGCCUUGGACACGCACUGAAAUUGUCAAGCUUCCUGGGACUGCCAGCUCGUCUCCCUAUGGACUGGCUCAUGGAAAUGGACUUAGUCCAAUGUCAAUACGCGCUUUAUCCUCGCCACAUUCCGCAAGCGUCGCUUCGAUCAAGGAAACAGGUGAUAAUAUCUUCGAACUCCGCAACUCGCAAUUUAUUGUACAGAUCUCCAACGGUGCCAUCACCUCGCUACACGACAUCUCCGCUGAUCGCGAACUAAUCCCCAAAGACCAAAAAGCUGCCCAACUCGUCAUCUUCGACGACAAGCCGCUCUACUGGCAGGCUUGGGAUGUCGAGGUGUAUCAUCUCAAUUCUCGAAAGGAGCUCACCCCUGCGAAGGUCUACAUCUCUUCCGACAGUAUACACCGUGUAUCACUUUCGAUUGAGACGAAAAUCUCUGACAAGUCUUGGAUCAAGACCACCAUCUCUCUCCCCGCCGCCGUAGGCAACGUCCCCACAGCAAUUGAGAUUGACGCUGAGAUAGAGUGGCACGAAACAAUGAAAUUCCUCAAGGUCGAAUUUCCAGUCGACAUUGUCAACACCGAAGCGAGCUACGAAACGCAAUUUGGCAUUGUCCGUCGUCCGACGCACUACAACACCAACUGGGACAUGGCAAAAUUUGAAGUGUGUUGUCACAAGUGGGCCGAUCUCUCGGAGGCUACGUACGGCGUGUCUAUUUUGAAUGACAGCAAGUACGGCUUUGCGGUGGCAGGAAACGUGAUGCGACUCUCACUUCUCCGUGCACCCAAGGCACCUGAUGGACACGCCGACAUGGGUAACCACAAGACGCGAUAUGCCAUGUUCCCGCACGCUGGGCCUCUGAACGAGGCUACUGUCCGCAAGGCUUUUGAGUUCAACAAUCCGCUGAAGAUUGUCGGCCACAGAGCCGAGACUACGCCUUCACUUCUGGAGACGUUUCACAUUCACGGCGCACCUAAUCUCAUCAUUGAUACGAUCAAACGAGGCGAAGACGACGAAGACGUGUCACGUGGUGAGCUUCCUGUUAAGGAUGGUCAUAGUGUCAUUUUGAGGGUGUAUGAUGCCCUCGGUGGUAAGAGCAAGGGAGUGCUGACAUGGGGCGGUGUACGAGUCAAGAAGGUGGCCAAGGUCAAUGCGUUGGAGGACGAGCUUGAGGAUCUCAGUGGGAAAAUGUUACAGAUGGAGAGUGGACAGGAGGGGGUUGGAAUUGAGGUCAGGGCUUUCGAGGUGGCGACGUAUAAGCUUGUACUUUGA